ACUUCGCUGCUGGGGAGUUUGAAGGAGAUGGUGUGAUGAGCCGCCGAAGGGUCUCGGUGAAAGACCUGGGCCAGGGCGACUGUCAGGGCUGGUUGUACAAAAGAAAGGAAAGCAAAGGACUCUUGGGCUGGAAGUGGAAGAAGUUUUGGUUUGUGCUGAAGAAAUGCUCGCUCUAUUGGUACACGUCGGACAUGGCGGAGAAAGCCGAGGGCUACAUCAACCUGAGAGACUUCACUAUAGAACAGGCUACCGAAUGCAAGAAGAAAUUUGCGAUGAAAGCGAGCCACCUCCACGUGCUGACACUCUACUUUGCAGCCGAGAGCAUGAAAGACAUGAACAAAUGGCUGGCUAAACUCACCCAGGCUUCAAAUGAACCCGAGCCCACAGACUCGACCAACGGAGAGUGCUACAGCGAAGAGAGUGACGAUGAGGACGAUGAAGAGAUGUGUGUGGAGUAUAUGGAUCAGCUGACCCCCGGCUCUCUGCAUGGUUGUCUUCCUCCUCCCCGCUCGUCCUCCUCUCCAUUUCAGGACGUGAUCCCACUGGUUUCUUCAGUCUGCAGCCGUACAGAGACCCAAAGUGCAGACAGCGAGUCCUGGCAGGAGAUCAGCUCCGAGGAAGAUCCCAUCCUCAAAAUCCAGCAGUGCAAAGGAAAUGACGGUCCUGCAUCAGACGAGAUGGAGAUGCUGUAUCUCCAUCUGAAGGAGGCCAGUUUGUCUCCCACUGGAGCCCUGCAGCCCUUCACCAAACGCGACUUCAGAUCCUCCUUCAUCAGACGCUGCAAAGAUGAGAACAUUAAUGACAAACUGCACUUGAUCAGAGCUCUAAACAGCACUUUAAAGGCUAAGGAGGCUGAUCUGCAGGCCAUCGAGCAGGUUUUGAGUGAACCAUCUCUAAACAGGUCUAAAUACAGACAGUGGCGAGACGCGAAUGUGCUCCUGCUGCAGGAGAUCGGAGAGAAACACAAGAGCGAUGUGGAGAAACCGAUGGUUCAGACUCGACCUCAGCGCCAGUCGCUGUACGGCCCCAACACUGCUGUCCCUGCUGCACGCGUUUACACAGAGACCAGCCUGUGAAGACCACAAGACCGUUACACACUCAAACAAACACUCCUCAACACUGGAGAUACACAUCGAGGAACUGAAGUAAAACGAUGGUUGGUCAGUUUUCUCUAAAUUUCAGAGCCAAACUCCUCUCUUUGAUUAUUUGGGAUCGUUUUAAACUUAUUUAUUUGCUUGUUCACAUCAUUUAUUGUCUUGAUAAGAUGUGUUUGUAAUGCUUUACCAGUUAAACCGUUGUUUUAAAUAGGAUUUUGGACUUUUUGGGGGUUGAAAAUUGUAAAUAUGAUAACUUGUGGAACAUUAGUGACUUUAAAACAUGUCACGGUAAUAUUUCUACAUCAUUUUCACCCUCAUACAGUAUGUAUUUAAAGCCCCUGUGUUCUUGUAUGAAAUCUACGCUCCGUUUUCUCAACUUUACCCUUAAAAUCUUUUUAGGAGUUUAAAAUUGACCUGUUUUUAACGUGGUCUUUGUUUUUAUUUUUUUAGAUGUACAUAUUUUAGGAUUUUACAAAUACCUGUACAGACAAGUGUGUUAAGUAUUGUACAUUUUUGUUUAAAUGUCUGUGAUUCAACUGUAUAGAUGUUUACUCUUUGGAUUAUUCAUUUAUGGUGAAAGUGUGCGAAAGGAAAUAAAAAUGUCUGUUUUUUUUGGUUCUUUCUAAAUGUGAAAGAAAUCUCACUAUUUAAUAGGUUUAUUACCUGCUUAUUAACUGUAUAUUAGUACUUAUAACGUAGAUCUUAUUCUACAGGGUGGGCCAUUUAUAUGGAUACACCUUAAUAAAAUGGGAAUGGUUGGUGAUAAUAA